AUGAAAUUACUAACUGUAUCUUCCACCUUUGUUUGUUCACUCUUCUUUGGCUCUAUCAUACCGUCUGUUUUGGCUGCCAAUAAUACAGCUGAAGGCAUUACAACCAGAACGAUAGGUGCCCCUAAUUCGGUGGACUACAAACUGUACUAUGAGAAAGACGGCCAUAUCAUCUCUCCAUUCCACGACAUUCCACUGUAUGCAAAUGACGAGAAAACCUUGUUCAAUAUGGUGGUAGAAAUACCAAGAUGGACAAAUGCUAAAAACGAGAUCAACAAGGAAACUCCUCUUAACCCAAUCAUACAAGAUACCAUUGAUGGAAACCCCAGAUUUGUUCCCAACAUCUUUCCAUUCAAAGGCUACAUCUGGAACUAUGGCGCUUUUCCUCAGACAUGGGAAGACCCCAACUUUAUCUCACCUCACACCAACAAGAAGGGCGAUAACGAUCCUAUUGAUGUGAUUGAAAUUGGUUCUAGUGUUGGUACAGUGGGUCAGAUCAAGCAAGUCAAGAUUUUGGGCAUCAUUGGUCUGUUGGAUCAGGACGAAACAGAUUGGAAGGUGGUGGUUAUUGAUGCCAACGACCCGUUGUUCGACAAAAUGAAUGAUAUUCAAGAUGUCGAAACUCACAUGCCAGGCUAUUUGAAAUCAACGGAUACCUUUUUCAGAGUGUAUAAGCUUCCUCAAGGCAAGAAAGAAAACGAUAUUGCAUUCAAUGGAGAAGCAAAGAACAAGGCAUUUGCUACUGAGAUUGUGCUUGAAACACAUCGUCAUUGGGAGCUUUUAAUCAACGGGACAACACCAAGACAGGAUAUUCAAACUAUCAAUCUGUCUGUUAAUCAUUCCCCGUAUAAAACUGACCCUAGCAACUAUACAGUAUCCAGCGUGCCUGAAAAUAAUCCUCUUCCAGCUGCUGAGGUUGCCAAGCAAUAUGACAUGUGGUACUACACAUCAACACUUUCAAAUACCACUGCCUCUGCAAAUGACGAAGAAGAUAAAGACGAAGACGAGAAUGACGAAGAAGAGUAG